ACUUUAUUAAACUUUUUAAAUCAGGUUGCUAAAGUCUACUUUAAAUUAACAUGAAAUUAAUACUAAUUUUGUCUAUACUCGUAAUUGCCUUGGUAUCUUGCACCUCGGCUUGUCGUGGCAGUCCACGUAAUCCUUCUUGUAUAGGUGAACGUAAUAAUGGUCGUAGUUGUCGCGGCUGUAGAAGAAGUAUGAUGUGGUGGUAUGACCCGCGUACUAACCAAUGUCGAGGUCUGCCCUAUUUGGGUUCAGGUGGUAAUAACAAUCGAUGGUGUUCCCGGCUAAUUUGUGAACAGAGGUGUCGCCGUUAAAUAUACGAAAUGCCCUCAACAUAAAAAUGAUUUCCAAAUAAAAAGCUUUCCUAAUAAUACCUAAAA